CGGGCAAGGCGUAAUUCGGGAGGGGAACCUUCGCUGGAGAUUCACCUGCCUUGGACCGUGUAUUCGCCCCAAAACAAUGCCCAUGUAUUGAAUCCAUUACUAAAUGUCCAUGUCCGACUCGUAAGCUUGUUUGCUGCCAUUGACUUACCACCAAAUAUCCAGGGACAGGUCCAAAGUGGCCAACUUUGCCGUAUCAUGGCUGAGCCUCUAAUCAGAAGUGUUCUCGUCGUUGGCGGAGGAGGCUUUGUGGGAUCGCACGUUGUUCGCGCUCUUCUGCUAGAACCAGACUGUGACAUCUACGUGGCAAGCAGGACGCCCAACAACCACCCGGAUCAAGACGGCCGCAUUACGUACAUGACGGCUGAUGUCACAGACGAAGCUCAGCUCACGGCACUCUUCAGCACGAUCAAUCCACAGGUUGUCAUCCAUACCGCCUCGCCGUCACCGACAGCACCGGCAGACGUGCUUGAGCGCACCAACAUUGAAGGCACUAGAAACCUGCUAAAAGUGUCGGCUGCAAGUCCCGAGACGCGUGUAUUUGUUUACACGUCCUCUGAUUCUGCUCUUGUGCCAACCCAGGAGCCCAUCAGCGAGGAACAAGGACAGCUGUAUACAGCACAGCAUUAUAGUAAUCCAUACGGCAAAUCUAAAGGCAUCGCUGAUGCACUAGUCAUCGCCGCCAAUAGUCCUACCCUGCGAACAGCAACGUUACGGAUCCCCGUUGUUUAUGGAGACUACGAUUACAAGAACCUACUGCCGCAGCUCCUGGGGAGCAUCAAGCGAGGCGCGCAUAGGAUACAGAUUGGUUCUGACAUCAAAGUAUUCGAGUUCUGCCAUGCCCACAAGGCAGCAGAGGCGCACGUGUUGGCGGCCAAGGCGCUGCUGCGUCUUGAUUCGGGCUCCUACGACGGCCCUCGGCCUGAUGGCCAGGGCUACUUCAUCAGCGACGGAAAGCCGCAGCCGUUCUUUGAGUUUAUGCGGCGCUGCUACGCUGCUGCUGGCGUUCCGGUGGGACCAAACGAGGUGAAGGUCAUUCCGUUGUAUGUGAUGCAGGUGGUUUCUUCGUGCACUGAAUGGGCGUUUACGAUCUUGACGCUGAAUUACAAGAGACCGACUCUGCGGCGGCAGAAUAUUGAUCAUUUGGAUCGCGGCUGUUGCUGGGAUAUUUCAAAGGCGAGGGAGAGGCUGGGGUACCGGCCGGUGCAUGAUCAGGAUGAAGCUAUCCAAAGCAUGAUGAAAUGGGGCAUGGAAAACAUUGGGGUCUAGGCCCACGCAUGUACGAGGUUGAAGACGUGUGUGGUGGGCUGGAUGUUAAAACGACUGCAUUCUUACGGGUGUCUUGUUUCAUUCUGAUCUGGUACUACUUAUACAUGCGGUUGAAUCCGUGAGGAGUGAUUGGGAUUGACUGUGUUGUCAUCACCGCAUAUACAGUUCCUCGUCGUAUAGUAUGGCAUUCAAGGCUUUUCCUCUGGUCAAAUACCCGCUGUCUCUUACAAUGCACAAUGGGGUCAAAAUGACG